GGCGUGGUGUGGCGCGGGUGGUGUGGGCGCCUCGGUGUGCACAGUCUUAGGAGGUGAGUUUGGAGGUGUAAGUCAGACCCACCGAGCUGCGAUUUCGGCCUUGUGUAAACACCGCCACCACCACCACCGCCACCACCGCCGCUUGAGAUCAACACCACCACAGGAGUCUUGCACCACCGUCACCACCACCACCACGGGGAGUUUGAGUCACCUCCAGAUCAUCACCACCACGAGUACGGGACAUCACCACCAGAGGAAUUUCUUCACCACCAUCACCAUCACCACCACCGCCGCUUGAGAUCACCACCACCACCACGGGGAGUUUGAGUCACCUCCAAAUCAUCACCACCGGACGAUUUCAACACCGCGAGAACGGGACAUCACCACCAGAGGAAUUCCUUCAUCACCACCACCACCACCACCGCCACCACCUCCAGAACUGUAGUACACCACCUUCAUCACCACUAGAGGAAGCCCUUCACCACCGCUAGCUCACCAACAACACCACCACCUCCAGUAAGCCCCGUGAGCCCCGUGCCCCCAAAAAUCCCCGCUACCUCGCUGCCCCAUACCCCGAAAAAUGCCCCUUGGAGAAAUCAUAAGGGCGUGAAAAGGCGUGAGUGGGCGUGGGUCACCUUCAAGGGCGUGUGGGCGUGGGGGCGUGCGGUGAGCCAGGGAUAGCGACAGUAGCGGCGGGAUGUCCGGAGUGGCGGCGGCGGAGGCUGUGCGCGCAAGCCACAACUCCGCCUUCAGCGCCGUCGGGAGGAAAAGUUUCAGUUUCUCCGUGGACGCCAUCUUAGGGGACACGCACACACACACGCACACGCACUCACAUACCCACACGCACACGCACCCACACACGCCGACGCCUCCAGCUGAUGACCGACUACGGAAACCUGAAGGCGAGGCAGAAGAAGAUGACGAGGAGGAGAUAAACGUCGACUCGGAAGGGGAAGAUCGCUAUGACAGACAGGAGGAAGAGGAGGAGGAGGAAGACGAGGAGGAGGAGGAGGCACGGAAGGCAGCGAGGAGGGAAGAAGGAGGCAUCGAAGGAGGAGGAGGAGGAGCGCCCAUGUCCUCUCUCCUCGGCCAUCAUCUUCAGGAGGCCGCCCAUCGUCUUCCCCUCCCGCCCACCUCCGCCGCCGCCGCUGUUGCCGCCGCCGCCGCCGCCCCCGCCAUGGCCCCCCACCACCUCAGCGCCUGGCCUCACAACCUCCUCUUCCAGCAGCAGCUUGCCCUCCACGCCCUCACAAAGUCGCCGGAGCCGCCCAAGUUCCUGGGUCCCAUGAAGGUGACGCUGCGGAAGCACAAGCCCAACCGCAAGCCGCGCACGCCCUUCACCACGCAGCAGCUGCUGUCCUUAGAGAAGAAAUACCGCGAGAAGCAGUACCUCAGCAUCGCCGAGCGCGCCGAGUUCUCCGCCUCGCUCAGCCUCACCGAGACGCAGGUCAAGAUCUGGUUCCAGAACCGCCGCGCCAAGGACAAGCGGCUCAAGGAGGCGGAGAUGGAGCGGCUCCGCUACUCGUCGCGGCCGCUGCUGCCGCACAACCCCCUGCUGCCCCCCGCCUCCCUGCUGCCGCACUUCCUCUUCAACCACAGCCUGUCCCCCCAGCCCCUGCACCCCCACCAGCUGCCCCCCAGCCUGCGGCCGCUGCCCGCGCAGCCCGCCGUGCCCUACGCCAUCCCCGCCAGCACCGCCGGCGGCAGCGGCCCGCCGCCCCAGUGACCGCGCCCGUGACGCCCCGCGGCGAGGCUGCGGGGCGGGGCGGGCCGGGCCGGGGCCGGGGCGGGCUGAAGCGGGGCGGGGCGGGGCGGGGCGGCACGAACCAAAGACUGAGUGUGUGGCGUCACGCUGCUUGUGAAUAAAUCUAUAUUAU